CACGCUGAUCAUAUGAACUGGUUAAUCAUUGACCCCGACUCUGGACAGUGUAUAAAGCCCGGGGUCCUCACUUUGUGGGGCUUUGUCCAGUCACAGAGGAGGCAGAGGGCCGCUCUUACAUCACCGACACACAGCUGGAGAAGCAGCACGACAACAACAUGAGAAUUACACUGAUUCCCUUAACGCUUCUCCUGGCUGCUGCCUGUGUCCCUGCCCUCUGUGGCAGAGAGGAGCAGCCUGUCCUCCAGCCCGAGGCCCCUGCUGAAACGCGCUCCCGCUUUGCCGCCCUGGACGACGUGCGUCUCCUGGCCAACGGCCUCCUCCAGCUGGGUCAGAGCCUGCGGGAGUUUGUGCAGAAGACGAAGGGACAGAUAAACGACAUCUUCCAGAAGCUCAACAUCUUCGACCGCUCCUUUUACCAGCUGUCCGUGAUGGCCAGCGAAAUCAAAGAGGAGGAGGAGGAGCUGAAGAGGACCACCGUGGCGCUGAGGGCCAACAACGAAGAGAUCAAGGGCCUGUCCGUCAAGAUCAGCUCCAAAGUGGAGAGCAUGCUGCAGGAGAAGGGCCACCUGCAGAGCAAGCUGGAGGGCCUGGAGGAGAAGCUGAGCAGUCUGUCACACGGCCUGAUGGCGAGCGACAGUGUGGCGGAGAUCAACAGCCUCAGGGAGGUGAUCCAAACGCAGGAGCAGAGCAUCUCGGAGCUACUGAAGGCUGUGAGGGAGCAGAGCGACCAGCUCAGCCACCAGAGGGCCAGAAUCAAGGAUCUGGAGGAAAAGAUUACCAGCACACUGACCCAAGAGACCGCGGAGAAGAAGGAAAUCUUCAACAGUGAGGCGCCAACACUCACCCCUUACCUGACCUCAAGCUCUACCAGCACCACCGAAAUGAUGAAUCUGCCAUCAGACUGCAAUGAGCUGUACAACAGAGGGGAACGAGUCAGCGGCAUCUACGCCAUCAGACCCAACGGAGCAGAGCCGUUCAUGGCCAUGUGUGACAUGAGCAAAGGCCAAGGAGCAACAGUCAUCCAGCGAAGGAAAGAUGGUUCAGUAAACUUUGAUCAAACCUGGGAGAAGUAUGAAAAUGGGUUUGGAGAUUUUCAAGGGGAGUUUUGGCUGGGUCUCGGGAAGAUCCGCUCUCUUGCCGCUCAGGGCAACUCCAUCCUUCACAUCCAGCUGGAAGACUGGAAACAGGGCCGGCGCUUCAUCGAAUACAAAUUCCACCUUAAUGGUCCGGAGAGAAACUACACCAUUCACCUCACGCACCUGUCUGGAGAUUUGCCGGACCCCAUGGGCAACCACACAGGCAUGAUGUUCUCCACCAAGGACAGGGACAAUGACAAACACCCGGGCUCCAACUGUGCCCACAACUACACAGGUGGAUGGUGGUUCAACGCCUGUGGAGAUGCCAACCUGAAUGGGAGAUAUUUCCUCAUGAGAGCAAAGGGGCGCUCAGAGCGUAGGAGAGGGAUUCAGUGGGGGCUCGGCCACAAGGCUUUUCACUUCCUCAAGUUCACCCAGAUCUCCGUCCAACCUGCCGCUUCCCGCAUCACCACGUCCUCUUCAUCCUCCACUGAGACAGGUGUCUUUCAGUGACCCUUGAUCAGCGUUCUCCAGUGAAAAUAGUGCAAUACACAGUGGCCUCUUCAGGAGAGACUUGGCACUGCUUCAUGUGGGAGGCCGUGGUUCAAGAAGGCUCGGGCAGAGAGGAGGAGAUUUCUUCCGAUGCCAAGUGCUGCUGUGUCCCAAACAGAGAAAGCCGAAAGGCUGUUUUGCUGCUCGUGUCAGGAUAGCCUCUAAUAGAGUAAUAGAACAUUUUAAAAUGUAUUGUGAAUCUGAAUUAGACCAAAUCGCAAUGGGCACACUGCAUGAACUAGGCCUUCACUCAUUGCCCCUCAAAGGUCAAAGGUUAUGGAGAAGAACAUUAAACAUACAGGCACCAACGCAACCCAGUCUCCAGAGUAAAUGUUAGCAGUGUAUAGUUUGCAACCCAUGGAUAUGUUGAAAAUGGCCAUUUCUAUACGUUGCAUUUUUAAGUUUCUUUAAGUUAAGUAGUAUCUCAGUCUUUUUGUUGUGACAGUGCUGUGCAUAUGGACUGGUAAGGUUUCAGGGAAAAAAAACAACACUUGGUUAGGGUUAGGAAAAGAUCAUAUUUUAUCUUACUGCACCUGUCUUGUCUUGGUCACCACAAACACGACUUCAAAUUGUACUAGGUCUUGCGGCCUUGUCACGUAGCUUAACUGUACCACCAUUUCCUCCAUCUCCAGAGAUAAAAGUCAUAAACAUGAAAUAUAACAUAACAUAUAAUGUAAGAUGUCACGUAUUGUGGAUAGUCUCUAUCGUAUGCAACCUAGAAAUGUGAACAUAUCAGAUCAGGUUUGCAGAAACAUUAACUGCAGACAUUUAAUUCUGGCGACUGGGUUGACAUAUGAGCAGUUUUCAUAUUGGGUCACAUUGACUCUCACUAUAUAACAGUGGUUCCCAACAUGAUAGGAGGGACUUCUUGAGGGGGUCAAGAGAUAUCAACAAAUGUAAGUUUGUCAACAUGUGCUUGAGUUAGACAAGUUACUUGCUGUUUCUGGAUAAAUGUAGAGGUGUAAAAACAUGUAUACAAUACCCAAUCCAGCUUUUUAGGGUGUAUUGGAGGCACUGCUGAUACUGGUAUCACUAUCAGAACAACCCAAGUCAAAAGCAGUAAAGGUUAGGAACCACCACUAUAGAUCACAUUCAUCUUUACUUUACAUACCUAAGUUUUGAUACAUUUGCUGUUUUUAUUAUUAUUAUUAUUAUUAUUAUUAUUAUUAUUAUUAUUAUUAUUAUUAUUAUUAAUCUAAAUAAAUUGAAAUAUAACUGUGUCUUCAUAUAAUGCUAAUAUAUUAAUUAAGGUGUGGAGAUCCGUGAUAAAACCCAGUAGACAAACUUCCAUCAUGUCCCAUUUCUGUAGGGGCUGUAGUUUGCUUGCAGUCCUGAUGUUCAACAGUGAUUUGGCCCAGUGUAAAUGUCAUCCUUGAACUGAAUGCACCAACUUUUUUUCACGCCAAAGUAAACGAAUGACUGAUAUAUGUUCAUGCUAUUACCACGUAGCGAAAUGUUCUGGAUGUUGCACUGAGAGGUUAUGAUGUUAGGAGCCAUUAAUAAACUCUAGAGGGCAGUGUUGUUUCACUCUGA